UCCGUGAAGAUACGUAAUAAAAGACGAUACAAAUCUGUUUAUAUAUUAAUCAACAUUCUCUAAUUUUAUCGGAACGUGUUUGUAUUACGUAUUACAUUUUUAUCUUAUACGGUCUAUUGUUUUAUCGAAUAAAAUAUGAUUAAAGAGAAGGAGUAAAAAGAAAUCCGAUUAAACAUCAUUCGAAAAAAUUAAAUAAUCCUCCGUUGUACGUUAUUACGAAAAACUCGUCGUUGUUACAUUUUUUAAAAGUGUGUUUUGAAAAUUAAAUCUUAUCUUUUUAAAUAUUAUCUAUUUUAAAGAUAUUGGCUUUCGUGAUUGUAUAAUCUUGUAACAUUUUUUUUGCGUAAGCAUAAAUAUCAAAAAUGAUUUUCCCGUUUCACAUACUUCUUUUUUAGAUCAGUAUAGAAUAGACUUUAGAUUAUUCAAAAAUCCUUUGACAUAAUAUUGAUCAAUCGUUUGAAAAAUAUUAUAUUCUGUUAUAUUGGAUAUUAUUAAAUAUGGAGCAAAAUGUUAAUUAUUACGUUUUACGUUCCAUUUUUGAAUAUUUAAAUGGAUUGGAUUUGUCUAAUGCGUCGCAGGUUUGCAAAUCUUGGUUGGAAGUAGCUGAAGAUGAAAAAAGAAGAAGAGGUCCUUCGUGUGUUAUAAGAAACAGAAGAGAAAUGAAAUCCUAUAAAAAUUGGGAUGACAUAAAAAAAGAAAUGAUCGAAUGUUUCGCGAUUAAGCCUGCUUUAUGUAUGUUUUCUACUAAUUCAGCAAAGAAAGAUUCACAUUUACAAAAAUGCCAUUGCAAAUAUUUACCACAUAAUUGUUACACCGUAUCACUGGACACAGAGAGUUCUUCACUGGAGAAUGAGAAUCUCGUUGCUAUGUAUUUUCCUAAGAUACCAAAUAUACAAAUAUCAACGUUUACUUUUAAUAUGCAUCCUUGGACGAUGGGAAUAUACUGUGAAGAAUUAAAAACUUUGUUUGAUAAUUCUUUGAAUAACGCCGAUCAAUUGAAAACUGUUAUUGAAGCUUCUUUCGAUAACGAUUGUCACAAUACAAGCUGCUGGAUCUUAUUAUGCAAAAUAUAUUAUGGAACUUCUAUAGGAUUUGAUUUAUUGGAACAUUUCUAUAAAUGGUUUCCACGUAAAAGAAUUUCUAUAUGCGGUGGGAUUGUAAAUCAUCUAUCGGUUUGUAAUUCGGUACAUAAUUCACGUGUGUGUAAAAACAUGGCGGAAUGCGUUGCUAUUUUAAUAAGUGGUACUAAAAUGCAAAUCUGGACUGUAUCUUUGGAUGAAAUGAAUGAUAAUAAUGAAGACAUCGAAGAUAAACUCAAGAAUAUUAAAGAAAUUGUAAAGCUAAAGAAACACUCUAUCAUUUUUAUGUUUAUUUCUGAAUAUUGUAGUUCAGAUAUGGACAAUUUAGAAUUAAUUAUGUUUGAAUAUUUUCCAAGAGUGCCGGUAGUUAAAUAUUUAUGCAAUGGGGCAUUUGCAGGAGAAAAUUUAAAUGAAAAAUAUGUACAAGGUUGUAACGAUUUUGAGAACAUAAAUACUUCAGUACUUAUGAUACUCACAUAUGAUUAAGUACUUAAUGGAAAUGA